UAACCUCCAGAGUAGCUGGUACUACAGGCCACAGUGUGAACACAUGAAUAGAAGAAGAAAAUUUCUUCUUGCCUCAGUACUUGCUCUCCAGAAUUCAAGUUUUAUAUAUCCAUCAUGUCAGAAGUGCUUGUCUAGGAUAAUCGUAGUCUCCAAAAGGUCUAAUUGUCCAAAAUGUGGCUCUGCUGGUGAAUCUGGAAAUGCCAAUUACAGAUACAAACUUUCCUUAAAAGUUGCAGAAUCAAACAAAUUGUAUGUUAUUACUGUAUUUGGAAGUUGCUUAGAUACAUUUUUUGGUCUUACUGCCACUGGUUUGCACAGGUACAUUCAGGAUCCUAAUAAAAUUCCAGAAACACUGGACAAUGAUACAACUCAGGAUCUAUUAACUAAAGCUGUUGAAACUUGCUUUGUUGGACAAAGCUUUAUUUUUGGAGUGACGAAUUUUGAAAACCAAUCUGGACAAGGUUCAGAGGCCAAUAACUACUUACAGCAAUGCUCUGUCUACAAAAGAAAACCCAAAGCACUAGUUGCUUGCCAGAUUGUUCUACCAGACCCAGGUGUUGCAGGCUUUACUGUCUUUGACUACUUCCAUCAACUUUUGCAGGCUUUUAAUUUCAGGAAACUUCAUUGUGACUCUCAGUCACCUAAUAGUAACUUACUUGCUUUAGAUCACUCAAGUAGUGAUCUCAGCAGCAUAUAUACUCCUGACAGUACUUCUUAUUUUUUCAAGUCCUGCAGCAAGGAUACUUUUUCAAAAUUCUGGCUGCCAUCACUUGAAUUCAGUUCCAUUGUUUCACAACUAACAGAUGAUGAUUUUUCAGCUUCAGAGCAAGAUAAAGCCUUUGGUACUCUUUGCCAGAACAGAAAAUCCAUCUCUAUUGCAGAGGCCACUGGUUUCAAUAGCUGCCAUGAUCCCAUUCAGGAUUCAUGGAGCCUUGUUUCAUAUAUGGAUAAAAAGAGUACAGCAGAAAAGUUGGGUAAACUUGGCUUACAAGCUAAGGAACUGAGUACAGUUCCCAGCAGUCAUCAUGAAACUGGAGUUAAUGACUCUUUGAAAAUGCAAGAGCCCCUUGAGUCAAGUAAUGCAGAUUCCUUCCACAGUCCAGUGGAAAUUAAAAAUGGGUCCCAGCAUGAGCCACCAUGUUUCCAGCAUCAUGGUAUAGAUACCCCCACUAGCCUUCAAAAGAGAUCUGCAUGUUGUUCACCUUCGUUGCUCAGACUUGAAGAGACAGCCAGCAAUUCCAAGGAUUGUGACCCUGAAAUAUGGGAUGAUCUACCAUUCUCUGAAAGCCUGAACAAGUUUCUGGCAGUUCUUGAAAGUGAGAUUGCUAUAACCCAGGCAGAUGUCAGUAGUAGUAAACAUCAUGUAGAUAAUGACAUCAGUAAAUUUCAUGCAGACAACAGCAUGUUAUCUGUGACUCCCCAGAGAACUACUGGAGCCCUGCAUACACCACCUAUAGUUUUAAGAUCAUCACAAGCAAUAGUCAAAGCAAACUCUGGCAAAGGUAACUUCUUUUUCAACUGUAAAGUAAAUCUAAGUCCCAGUGUUGAAAAGGAGUCACAACCAGAUAACAAAGUAGAGGCUGUCUCUGUAAAUCAUAAUGGAAGAGAUAUGUCAGAAUAUUUUCUACCAAAACCAUCAGCUCUGUUUUCAUCUUCAAAAUAUUCAGAAACAACAGUUACUCUUAAGAAGACUAUAAGAAUCUCACCACACAGUGAUGAAAUUCUACUUCGGCCCAUUACUUCAGAGAGUGACCAUUCUAGUCUAAAUAACAAAUAUUUGAAUGGACGUGGAGAAAAAUUACUUUCAGAAAUGAAUGAAAAGUUGACAACUCUGUGUUGUAGGAAGUAUAAUGAUGUGUCUGAUCUUUGCAAAUUAGAAAAUAAACAAUAUUAUAGGUGGCCAAAGAACCAAGAUGACAGUUUUACAAUUUGCAGGAAACUUACAUAUCCUUUAGAAACUCUUUGCAGUAAUCCAAAUAGAAAUACAAAUACGUUGAAAGACAUCCCUUGUGGACAUAUCACUAACAGCUUAACACAGAGCAAUUCUAUUGGCCAUGAAGGUAGCUAUGAUGCCUCUGCUGACCUCUUUGAUGAUAUUGCUAAAGAAAUGGACAUUGCAACAGAGAUUACCAAAAAAUCACAGGAUAGUUUGUUACAGUGGGGAAUGUCUUUGCCAGAAAGUCAUCAUUCAGACUCUGAUUUUUCACUGAGGUCACUUUCUGAAGACUUCAUCCAGCCUUCACAGAAGUUAUCCUUGCAAAACCCAUCUGAUUCUAGGCAUUCAAGAACAAGCUCUCCAACACCUCAUUUUCAAUCAGAUUCAGAAUAUAACUUUGAAAAUAGUCAAGACUUUGUUCCGUGUUCACAGUCAACUCCAAUUUCAGGGUUCCACCAAACCAGAAUUCAUGGGAUAAACAGAGCUUUCAAAAAAAUACCUGUAUUUUAUUCAGAUCUUGAUGCUAACUAUGAAAAAAUAAGGAUUUUUCCUGAAAAUGACAAGCAGCAAGCCAGCCCAAGCUGUCCAAAAUACAUAAAAACACCUAGCCAGAAAAUCAGAAGCCCUGUUAUAUCUGGUAUAUCACAAACAGAAGUUUUCAACCACCAUCCUUUAGCUAAGUGCCGUGAAACUGAUAGUGAUGAAUGGGUCCCUCCUACCACACAAAAAAUAUUUCCUUCAGAUAUGCUUGGAUUCCAAGUCAUAGGUCUAGGGAGAUCCCUUGCUGCCCAUCAUUUCCCUGAUCAACAAGACUUAGCAAGAAAGAAACUGAAACAUAUUAGACAGGGAACCAAAAGAGGUUUAAUUAAGAAGAAAUUAAAGAAUGUUCUUGAAGCAAUAGUUAUAAAAGAGAAUACUCCUAAAUAUAACUGUAAACGUUCAAGCUGGAUUUCUAAAUGUCCAGACGUUCAAGUCUUAGAAACACCUCAGCUGCACCCUAUUCUUGGACUUGAUUCUUGUUCGGAAGUCAAACGUUGCCUUCCAUUUUCAGAAAAAGGCUCACCUUCAGUAUGUGAAACUAAAAGUGCUUGGUCGCCUGAAUUGUUUUCAUAAAAAGUCACCUGAACCCAAUUCCUGAACUUUUAGAUCUGUUUGGAAAUGUUUGCCUUUGGUGGUAUGGAAAGCAUUCUUUACAUUUUGAACACUUGGAGAGAAGCAAAUUGAAAAGGGGACUGUGCUGAGUGCUACUGUGCCUUUUAAAAUAUAAUUUUCCCCAGGGUUUUAUCUAAUAUACUAUGAUUACAUAAUUGAGUGCUUUAUUUUAUACUGUUUAUUGUACUUUAAUAAUAUGGUUGUUUUUUGAAAGUAUUAAUAUUUGUUAAAAUCACAUAUACAUCCAGAAAUAAAGCCAUUGCAAACCAAAA